AUGCAAAACCGUAUACUUCCACUUUGCGCGGCUAUCGCCGCAACCGUCCCCACCGCCUCAGCCUCGCGAUCCGCCCUCCGUGCCUCACGAGACGCAAUCCAGGGCCGCAGCUUUCUGUGCCCCGUCGUCUGCGACACCACGUGGUGCUGCCUGACGGGCCAGACGUGCCAAGAGAGCAGCGACGACGACGCGCCGUACGAGUGCGCCGACUCGCUGUUCGAGACGACCGAGGCGGCCUUUGCGCUCGUUCCCCUGAGCAGGCAGAUUGAGUCGAUCAUAGCGGAGAACAGCCUGUUCCUGUCGAGUUUGACGGCGGAGCUUUCGCUGACGUUGACGUUUACGCCCGUUACUACGCUGCCUGAUCUGUUCGAGCCGACUACGGUGUCUGACAGACCGGUGAUCACGGAGCCUUUGACGCCGCCUGCCACUACUACACUUCCGACGUCGACAAGCUCCAGGACGCAGGGUGAUGAUGACGCUGCGGAAACAGGCGAGACGAGUGUGACGGCGACAUCGACGACGUCUACUGCAAGCCGUGAGAUCUCGACAUCGCCCGAAUCAACGAUCAGGGAAACUGAAUCAACUUCAGGAACUAUCUCCCCGAGUGCAGAGAGCUCAUCGUCGUCGACUGCCGCUACCGUCUCGGGAGAAAGUGGCACGGCCACAUCUACCCGCACGGCCUCGAUCAGCACAGAGACAUCGGCGCUGUCCGGCCCCGUGACGACGACCUCAAGCCAAGGUGCCGCGCCGACGGCGCAGUCACAGUGGCAGCACGGCAUGGCCGUCGUCGGGCUCGUCAUUGCUGCAGUACUCUAG